GUCCCAGUAACCAGAAACAUAAAGAGUAGCCGCUCCAACUGUUUUAAGUCGCUCACUUUCGCUUCUGCAAUUUGUAUGGUCUCAAAGAGCCCAAUGGCUUCUACCAAGAUAGGACUCGGACUCGGUCCCCUUCCCACUCACCGAGUCACCUCCGUCGCCGCCCCUUCCUCCGCCGCAUUCUCCCCGCCGCCGCACCGCCUCAACUCGCGGCGGCCCCUACGCGCUCGCCCUUCCCCCCUCGCCCUCCGCGUCGCCGCCUCCUCCUCCUCCUCCUCCGUCGCCUCGCCAGGAAAAGGGGUUGAGAAUGUGGUGAUUAUAGGUUCAGGCCCUGCUGGAUAUACAGCAGCAAUAUAUGCAGCUCGUGCCAAUCUGAAACCUGUGGUGUUUGAGGGGUACCAAGUUGGCGGUGUCCCUGGGGGACAGUUGAUGACUACUACUGAAGUGGAGAAUUUUCCAGGAUUUCCAGAUGGCAUAAGUGGACCUGAUCUGAUGGACAGGAUGCGACGGCAAGCUGAACGUUGGGGAGCCGAAUUGCAUCAGGAAGAUGUUGAAGCUAUUGAUGUGAAAAAUAGUCCUUUUACUGUUCAAAGUAGUGAACGUAAGGUUAAGUGCCAUACUGUCAUUUUUGCUACUGGAGCUACUGCAAAACGACUUAAGCUACCCCGAGAAGAUGAAUUUUGGAGCCGAGGGAUUAGUGCUUGUGCAAUUUGUGAUGGAGCAUCACCUCUCUUUAAGGGUCAAGUUCUCGCUGUUGUUGGAGGGGGGGAUACAGCUACAGAAGAAGCAUUAUACCUAACAAAAUAUGCUCGUCAUGUGCAUUUGCUUGUACGUCGAGAGCAACUGAGGGCUUCCAAAGCUAUGCAAGAUAGAGUGUUUGACAAUCCCAAUGUCACUGUGCACUUCAAUACAGAGGCAGUGGACCUCGUAAGCAACACCAAAGGACAGAUGUCAGGCAUUUUAAUACGAAAGAUUGAUAGUGGGGAGGAAUCUAAGCUUGAGGCAAAAGGGUUGUUUUAUGGCAUAGGGCACUCACCAAAUACCCAACUGUUGAUAGGCCAAGUUGAACUUGACCAAUCUGGCUAUGUACAUGUUCAGGAGGGUACUGCAAAAACUUCAGUUGAAGGUGUAUUUGCUGCUGGAGAUGUGCAGGAUCAUGAAUGGAGGCAAGCCAUAACUGCUGCUGGAUCUGGAUGCAUUGCAGCUUUAUCAGUUGAGAGAUAUCUUGUGAACAAUGGUCUUCUUGUAGAGUUCCAUCAGCCAAAAACUGAAGAGGUUAAGAAGGAAUUAACAGACAGGGAUGUUCAAGAGGGCUUUGACAUUUCACUUACAAAGCAUAAGGGACAGUAUGCUCUUCGAAAAUUGUACCAUGAAAGUCCAAGGCUUAUAUGUGUACUAUACACAUCACCAACAUGUGGUCCGUGUAGGACACUGAAGCCAAUUCUUAGUAAGGUGAUUGAUGAAUUUGAUCAGAAUGUACAUUUUGUGGAAAUUGAUAUAGAGGAAGAUCCAGAAAUAGCAGAAGCAGCUGGAAUAAUGGGUACUCCAUGUGUGCAGUAUUUUAAAAACAAAGAGAUGCUCAAGACUGUCUCAGGUGUCAAAAUGAAGAGAGAAUACAGAGAAUUCAUUGAAGCAAACAAAUAGAAGUAUUUUAAAUUAUUCGAGGGUGAUGCCCGAAUUCUGUGAUUCAAUUUUGUUUUCCAUUUUAGCCCGCUGAAUAGCGCUGUCAAUUUUGACAACUAUUCCUUGAACUAAUCAGCAACUUCAUAGAUUGUACAUGUAGAGCUACAAAUCACUAUCAUUAUUUUGAUUGUUCAAUAUUAUUAUAUUUUUCAUACUUGAA